AGCCUCCAGUCCGGAUGUGUUUGGUCUGAUGGGGACUGACUGACUCUCUCACUGCUGACGCCUCGCGCUCACCGACUUCACCAGGCUUAAAGAAAAUAAAUAAAACACAAUUUAAAGCUAUGAAUACAGGAAUAUACGCGCUGGCGCCAUCCAAACUCGAAACCUCAGAUAUCUAGUGGAGAAAGAGUACGUGUUUAUCGCAUGAACCAUCGCAUGAACCAUCCCUGUCACCGUUGCUGCUCUCUGACGUGCACACGAAGAUGGUUUUUUCAAUCGAAUGACUCAGAGGAAACCAUGUGGAGUCCAAGUGGACGUUCAGCGGUGGCUGAUUGGAUCCAGUAGCAGGAGUUGUGUGUGUGUGUGUGUUUGCAUGAGUGAGUGUGUGUGUGAGAGAGUGUGUGUGUGUGUGUGUGAGUGAGUGUGGUGUGUGUGUGUGUGUGCUUGUACAUGUCUCAAUCAGGCAGUAACGUGCUACACACACCAAUGAGAGGAGCCGUGAAGGAUUAAUGUGUGACGCGUACACGCCGUUCUGGAUUCGGCGUGAUUUGUGUACAGAUUCGUAUCUCUGCUAGACCUCUGGCCCUUGUUUUGACGCCUCUGUGCUUUGCAUGGCCGGCGAGUAACCGUGGAGAGGCCAGGGUACCACAAGCUUAUGGAUUUUGAUAAGAGAGGCGGGAGGGCAGACGCCGACGAGGCUAGGAGGAUGUCCAAGCCGGGCGGGGGGAGGCCUGGGCACACGAGCCGGGGCACGGGUGGGAACUCCGGCGUCCUCAUGGUCGGACCCAACUUCCGCGUGGGAAAGAAGAUCGGAUGCGGGAACUUCGGAGAGCUGCGGCUCGGCAAGAACCUCUACACCAACGAAUACGUGGCGAUUAAACUGGAACCGGUUAAGUCCAGGGCACCGCAGCUUCACUUGGAGUACAGAUUUUAUAAACAGUUGGGAAGCUCAGAAGGGAUUCCUCAGGUGUUUUACUUCGGGCCAUGCGGGAAGUACAACGCCAUGGUGCUGGAGCUUCUCGGCCCCAGUCUGGAGGAUCUGUUUGACCUCUGCGACCGCACUUUCUCCCUGAAGACCGUCCUCAUGAUAGCCAUACAGCUGAUCACGCGCAUGGAGUACGUCCACACCAGGAGCUUGAUCUAUCGAGAUGUGAAGCCGGAGAACUUCCUGGUUGGGCGGCCGGGCAGUAAAAGGCAGCACACCAUCCAUAUAAUCGACUUUGGGCUUGCCAAAGAGUACAUCGACCCAGAGACCAAAAAACACAUCCCGUACCGGGAACACAAGAGCCUCACGGGAACGGCCCGCUACAUGAGCAUCAACACACACCUGGGCAAAGAGCAAAGCAGGCGAGACGACCUGGAAGCACUGGGACACAUGUUCAUGUACUUUUUGCGAGGCAGCCUGCCCUGGCAGGGGCUAAAGGCCGACACGCUGAAGGAGCGCUAUCAGAAAAUCGGAGACACCAAGCGAGCGACGCCGAUCGAAGUGCUCUGUGAGAGUUUCCCAGAAGAGUUGGCGACGUACCUGCGCUACGUCCGGAGGCUGGACUUCUUCGAGAAGCCUGACUACGACUACCUGAGGAAGCUCUUCACUGACCUGUUUGACCGAAACGGAUACAUCUUUGAUUAUGAGUACGACUGGGUUGGCAAGCCUCUGCCCACACCCAUCGGCCCCAUCCCCAGCGAUACGCCACAACCAACCAGCCGGGAUAAAACACAGCAGCAGACCAAAGCCCAGUCGCCCGAGCCCAAGCGGAGCGAGUCCCAGCCCACUCCCGUCAAUAUGGAGACGCUGGGGUCACAUCUCACAGCUGAGGGGCUGGGGGGCUCAGUUCAGAUAAUGAGUUCGACCAAUGGAGAGCUGAACACGGACGACCCGACUGCAGGACACUCCAACGCUCCGAUCACAGCUGCCACAGAGGUGGAAGUCGCAGACGACACAAAGUGCUGCUGUUUCUUCAAACGGAGAAAGAGGAAAACCCUCCAGAGACACAAGUGAACAGCAUUCUUGGAAGAGAACUUGAAUCGUUCGGAUCACUGUCGAGUUUUAAACGGAAGCGAACACACUGCUCACUCCUUCCUCCCUUCUUUUCUCUUCGUCACUUUCCCCCUGCUCUCGUUCUCAUUCUCCACCCCGUGUUUAUCACUCGGAACCCUGCUGCACCCCGCCCGACGCUCCUCUUCUGUCGGAGCGGUAAAGGAACGUUGCUGACUUCACAACAGACUCGCUUUUGUUUUUUCCUUUGAAAUAACAAAAAUAGAACAUGUAAAGAAAACUGUGCUCCCACUGAAGGGGUGAUGGAGAACUGUAUAAAAACGAAUGGCGAUAAAUGAGCACCGUGAUGUGAAACUGAAAAACAUGAUGCUGUCGUCGUAAUCUAGAUUCCAUGCAGAACAUUUUGUCAUUCAGUGGCUGUCGAUCUGAGGACUUGAUCUUGAUGGAUCGGAUUCUUUGAGUUUUUCUUAGCUGUAGAUCUUUGUUUCAAAUCAGAGGGCAAAACCUGCAAAGGAAGAAAGAUUUGGUUCAUCUCAAGCAUACUUUUUUUUUUUUUCCGUUGUUAUUGAGAUAAAAGUGGCUUCAGCUGCUUUCACAGCUGAAUAACUGGGUUGACCAUGUUUUAUGUUGUAGUGACCUGGGAUUUUUUUUUAAUGCUUUUUCUGUGUGUAUGUGAGGUGAGAAAGAGUGUGUGUGUGUGGCUUUUUUUUUUUUCUUUUUUCUUCUUUCCCCUUUUGUUCUAUUGAUGCGGACUGUAGCACAGUGACUGGUCUCAGGUACUGUGGGUCAUGGGGAGAUGAAUGAAUUGUAAGCUCUCUGCUUAUUAUUGCACUUUUGAGAGGCAAAAAGAGACGACGAAAUCUAAGAGACUGCCCCGGGAUGGAUCCCACGCAUAGCCGAGGGCCGAAAUUCACAGGCGACAUGAACGCCCUCCUCUUUUAUGUUUCACGUUAGAUUUAUUUACCAGGAAAUCAUAGUUUGUGCCUUUCCAAGUAAAAUGUUUAAAGUUAAAA